UAAUUCUUUUGCCUUUGCGAUCUUCUUUUCAACCUUUCUCUCUUCAACAUAGAAAGAGGGAAAGAGAGAAUAAGAGGCUCAUUCUUUUCUUUUCCUUACGUAUAAUAUUUUCUCUUGUUUAUUUUCUCGGGAAACAAACACUACUCGACAUGGGCAAUUGUGGAAGUUUUCCUAAGACAAAGGGAGAUGAAGCCGUUCCGGCACCGGAGCCACGCAAGGAAGAGUCAAUUAAGGUCGAUAACGAGAAUAGUAAUGAUCAAGAGAACGUUACGAAGGUCGAAGAAGAAGAGAAAACUAUUACAACUGAUGACAGCUUCAAUGCUGAGAAGAAUAAUUCUGAUCUUGAUCUUCAUGAUGGUGAUGAGGCCAAGCCUGCUCUUGAUGAUGACAAAAAUGCUCAAUCUCUUCAGACUUUACUUGUUGAGAAUGGAGGGAAAGGGGAAAAGGGAGAUGAAGAAAGUGAGAAGAAAGUAGAAGUUGAAGUAGCAUCAGAAGCAAAAGAAGAAGCAAAAGAAGAGAAAGAGGUUGAGGCAGUGAAAUUAGCUGAGAAGGUGGAGGAAAAGACGACUAAUAAAGCUGAGCCAGAAAAAGCAUUUGAACCUGCUGCACCCGUGGCUGAUAUACCAGCUGCAACUAUCCAAUAAAACCAUAAUCAUCACUUCAAGAAUGAGAUCUCAACCAACAAAAAAUCAAAAAAUCAAACAAAGACUGAAAUAUAUUAAGGCUUUUCUCUCUUGUGGGAGUCAGUAUAAGUAAAUUAAUGGGGUCUUCUGUUAAUCGUUUAUUUCAAGACAUCGAUAGCUCCAUUUCAUUGUUUUUGGUUGUGGAAAUUUUAAAUAUUAUUGCUUUUGGGUUCAA